AUGGAUAAAAUUGGAGUAGAUUAAAAUAAAGUAAAACUAAACAAAGAAGAGAUUUAACAUUUGUUCUUUCCAAAUAAAAGAAACUUUCAUAUUUAUGUUGAAUUUUUAAAAUAAUGCCAAAAAAAACUAAUUGUAUGCAUGUAUUAGAUUUCACAUAAAAUAUUGGUCAAUAUUUUAAUUGACCUUUCAUUAAAUGGAAGAGAUAUUUAAAUUGUAACUAAUUCUAAUAAUGAUGAUAAUAAAGUAAAGUCUACACUUUUGAUGAUGAUUUAAAGUUCUUUAGAGAAAAUAAAAAUAGCAGUAUAUGAAAAAUAACUUUGUUUAAUGCAUUCAAAAUAUUGUGUUAUAGAUGAUUAAAUUAUUAUGACUGGUUCUGCAAAUUGGACAAAUAAUGCAUUUCGUAAAAAUAUUGAAAGUGUAGUUAUUUUGAAAAAUGAAAAAGAAGCAUAGUUGUAUACUUGUGAAUUUGGGAAGGUGUGGAAUCAAUCAUAAAUCUUAAGAUUAAAAGGAUAGAAUCUUGAGUUCUCUCCUUUUAUUAAUAUGGAAUCUAUGAACUUUAUAAAAGGAAAGAAAUAAAAAUGCAAAUUUAAUAAAAUAAUUGAUUUAGAAAAUAGUCAUUUGUAGGAAGAAGAUAAAGAUGAAGAAGUUAAAGAGUAAUCAGAUGAAAGUAUACAAAAUUAUUAUAGUCAAAAAUAAAAAAAGAUUGAUAAUAAUUCUAAGAGGAUAAGAAAAAAUAAUUAAUAGUCAUAAAGAUAUAAUUUAUAAUAUAAUGAUUUUAAUGAGGGAAAUUUAAUAAUUUAAAUAGAUGCUUUGGAUAAAUAGAAUGCAGAUUAAAUUGAUGAAAUUGAAAUUAUGCUAUGA